UGCAUCCUGACACCAAGAAUGCACUGACACCGGUUCCUGGAAGCUGGGCCGGAAACCCUGCCCUGGGAGCGACCACCAGCCCCUUGGGAUCUUCGGCCUUGGCCCUGCUGAGCAUUUGGAUCUGGACCGGAGUCUGGACAGGUUGACACUGUCCUCUACUGAAACCUGAAAAAUGGCAUCUGGGCAAGGUCCAGGUCCUCCCAGUGAAGAGUGUGGAGAGCCAACCUCCAAUUCUGAGCAGCAGGUAGCCUGGGACAUGGAGGAGGUUUUCCGCAGUUAUGUUUUUCAUCGCCAUUGGCAGGAGCAGGAGGCCGAGGGGGCGGCUGCCCCUGUUGACCCAGAGAUGAUUGCCUUGCCCCUAGAACCUACCAGUACCAUGAGGCAGGUGGGUUGGCAGCUCGCCAUCAUCGGUGACGACAUCAACCAGCGCUAUGACUCCGAGUUCCAGAGCAUGCUGCAACAACUGCAGCCUACAGUCACAAAUGCCUAUGAGCUCUUCACCAAGAUCGCCUCCAGCCUGUUUGAGAGUGGCAUCGACUGGGGCCGUGUGGUGGCUCUCCUGGGCUUCGGCUAUCGCCUGGCCUUACACGUCUACCAGCGAGGCCUGACAGGCUUCUUGGGCCAGGUGACCCACUUCGUGUCCAACUUCAUGUUGCACCGUUGCAUCGUCCGGUGGAUUGCGCAGAGAGGAGGCUGGGUCGCAGCCCUGGACUUGGGCAACGGCCCAAUCCAGAAUGUGCUGGUGGUUCUGGCUGUGGUUCUGUUAGGUCAGUUUGUGGUAUGA